AUGACGCUGCAGGGACUGCUCGGCCUCCCAGUGCCCCCAGCUUGUGACGCCACAUCCCAGAUGCUCUUGGGCCGAGGGGACCUCGUUGACCUGCUGCCUCCCCGCGGCAGCCCCCCCGCCCCCGAGCUGUGCCCACUCCGGCCGACAUCUGGCCACGCCCGGCCCUCUCUUCCAGCUCCGCUCACGCGGGUGUCCCGCGGCCGCCGGGCUGCUGCGCACGGGGCACAGAGCGCAGGGUCGGCACAGCGGCAGGUGGCUGUGGAGGAAGGGGACGGCCACGGAGAGCAGGCGUCAGGACUGUGCCAGGAGCCUCCCCCAGCCCUGGCUUCUCUGGACCUUCGUGGGAACGAGGAGGCCAGAGAGGCCCUACAGGGGCCGGUUGCUCGUGGGGAAACCAGAGGGCGGAGUGGCCGUGAGAGCAUGCCAGGUCCCGCACGGAACGAGGGCCCCGCGGCAGGUGGCAGCGGCCACCGGACAGGACAGCCUCACAGCUGCGGCACCGACGCCGCCAGACCCCGGGGGGCCCGCACCGGGGAGAAGCCCUACGCGUGCGGCGACUGCGGCAAGGCCUUCGUGCACAGCUCGCUCGUCGUCCGGCACCAGCGCACCCACAGCGGGGAGAGGCCCUACCUGUGCCAGGAGUGCGGCAAGGCCUUCAGCCAGAGCUUCAACCUCAUCCGGCACCAGCGCGUGCACACCGGCGAGAAGCCCUACAGGUGUGCCGAGUGCGGCAAGACCUUCAGCCAGAGGUCGGACGCCGUCAAGCACCGGAGGAUCCACACCGGGGAGAGGCUGUACGAGUGCCGUGAGUGCGGCAAGGCCUUCAUCCACAGCUCCAACGUGGUGCGGCACCAGCGGACCCACCACGGGGAGAACCCGUACGCGUGCCAGGAGUGCGGCAAGGCCUUCAGCCAGAGCUCCAACCUCAUCCAGCACCAGCGCGUGCACACGGGCGAGAAGCCCUUCGCCUGCCAGGAGUGCGGGCGCGCCUUCAGCCGCAGCUCCUUCCUCAGCGAGCACCGCCGCAUCCACACGGGCGAAAAGCCCUACGAGUGCGCCGAGUGCGGGCGCGCCUUCCGGGCCCUGUCCGGCUUCUUUCGGCACCAGCGGGUGCACACGGGCGAGAAGCCGUUCCGCUGCGCCGAGUGCGGCCACGCCUUCCGCCUGAGCUUCCACCUCCUCCAGCACCAGCGGGUGCACAGCGGCGAGUGAAGCCGGGACGUGGGAGCGUGGGGCAGGGACAUGCGCGCACAGGUGGGGAGGGGCGCGGCCCCGCUGAGCUGGUGCCCACACCGAGAGCAG